AUGUCAUACACUAUACCCGACUUGCGAUUUGAGCAGUCUUUUAUGCGUCAGCUCAACACAUACGCUGGAAAUAAAAACCUUGAUGGGAAACAUUCUGCAUUCAUCAAGGAAAACUAUAAUCCAUUACCCAAAUUAACGGACGGUGAGCUCGAGCUCCUCAAUGAAAAUAUAGACAAAGAAGAGCAAAAAUACUUGGAAGAUCCCGAACCCUUGAAACCAAUUACGCCUAGAAUCGUGAUAUUCGCUAUUAUCAAGGAUCAAAUUGUGCUACCGCUAUUGCAAGGGUUUUUCUUGACCGGGUUUCUAAUGUCAGUUCGUCCACUUUUAGCCUUGCUUGUAAAAAAUGGUCAACAUGCUGGAACUUGGGUUUCUAACCUUUUAGGAUUGAAUAGGUUAACGUCAACGUCAAGGAGGUAUGUACGGAAUAUUUGA